GGGAGCCGAGAGGGCACUCGGAGGCGAGGUACUGGGCAGUGAGAGCCGCUGGGAGGGUCGAAGUCAUGAUCCCCCCACAGGAGGCGUCCGCCCGGCGGCGGGAGAUCGAGGACAAGCUGAAGCAGGAGGAGGAGACGCUGUCCUUCAUCCGAGACAGCCUGGAGAAGAGCGACCAGCUUACCAAGAACAUGGUGUCUAUCCUGUCAUCCUUUGAGAGUCGCCUUAUGAAGCUGGAGAACUCCAUCAUCCCUGUGCACAAACAGACGGAGAACCUGCAGCGGCUGCAGGAGAAUGUUGAGAAGACUCUGUCCUGUCUGGACCACGUUAUCAGCUACUACCAUGUGGCCAGUGACACUGAGAAGAUCAUCAGGGAGGGCCCCACAGGUAGGCUGGAAGAGUACCUGGGCAGCAUGGCCAAGAUUCAGAAGGCUGUGGAGUAUUUCCAGGACAACAGCCCAGACAGCCCAGAGCUCAACAAAGUGAAGCUGCUGUUUGAGCGGGGGAAGGAGUCGCUGGAGUCCGAGUUCCGCAGCCUGAUGACCCGGCACAGCAAGGUCGUGUCCCCUGUGCUCAUCCUGGAUCUGAUCAGCGGUGAGGAUGACCUGGAGGUACAGGAGGAGGUGCCCCUAGAGCACCUGCCUGAGAGCGUGCUGCAGGACGUGAUCCGCAUCUCCCGCUGGCUGGUGGAAUAUGGCCGCAACCAAGACUUCAUGAACGUCUACUACCAGAUCCGCUCCAGCCAGCUGGACCGCUCCAUCAAAGGCCUGAAGGAGCAUUUCCGGAAGAGCAGUUCUUCGUCUGGGGUCCCCUACUCCCCUGCUGUCCCCAACAAGAGGAAGGACACACCUACCAAGAAGCCGGUCAAGCGGCCAGGGACGAUCCGUAAGGCUCAGAACCUUCUGAAACAGUAUUCCCAGCAUGGUCUAGAUGGGAAAAAGGGGGGCUCUAACCUCAUUCCUCUGGAAGGUCACGAGUAUGAUUUCCGAGUUAAGCACCUGUCCGAGGCCCUGAACGACAAGCACGGGCCACUGGCCGGGAGAGAUGACAUGCUGGACGUGGAGACCGACGCCUACAUUCACUGCGUCAGUGCCUUUGUCAAGCUGGCCCAGAGCGAGUACCAGCUGCUGACGGAUGUCAUCCCUGAGCACCAUCAGAAAAAGACCUUCGACUCUUUGAUACAGGAUGCCCUGGAUGGGCUGAUGUUUGAAGGGGAGAACAUUGUGACUGCUGCCCGGAAGGCCAUCAUCCGACACGAAUUCUCGGCUGUGCUCACCGUCUUCCCCAGCCUGCGGCACCUCAAGCAGACCAAGCCUGAGUUUGACCAGGUGCUCCAGGGGACUGCCGCCAGCACCAAGAACAAGCUGCCCAGCCUCAUCACCUCCAUGGAGACUGUUGGAGCCAAAGCGCUGGAGGACUUCGCUGACAACAUCAAGAACGACCCGGACAAGGAGUACAACAUGCCCAAGGAUGGCACUGUGCACGAGCUCACGAGCAACGCUAUCCUCUUCCUGCAGCAGCUCCUGGACUUCCAGGAGACGGCGGGCGCCAUGCUGGCCUCCCAAGAGACCAGUUCCUCAGCCACCAGCUACAGCUCCGAGUUCAGCAAGCGCCUCCUGAGCACCUACAUCUGUAAAGUCCUGGGCAACCUGCAGCUGAACUUGCUGAGCAAGUCCAAGGUGUACGAGGACCCGGCUCUGAGCGCCAUCUUCCUGCACAACAACUACAACUACAUCCUCAAGGCCCUGGAGAAGUCUGAGCUGAUCCAGCUGGUGGCCGUGACCCAGAAGACUGCCGAGCGCUCCUACCGCGAGCACAUCGAGCAGCAGAUCCAGACUUACCAGCGCAGUUGGUUAAAGGUGACUGACUACAUUGCUGAGAAGAAUCUACCUGUGUUCCAGCCCGGAGUCAAGCUUCGGGACAAGGAGCGGCAGGUGAUCAAGGAACGUUUUAAGGGCUUCAACGAUGGCCUGGAAGAAUUGUGCAAGAUACAGAAGGCCUGGGCUAUUCCCGACACGGAGCAGAGGGACAAGAUCCGCCAAGCCCAGAAAAACAUUGUUAAGGAGACCUACGGGGCCUUUCUGCACAGGUACGGCAGCGUGCCCUUCACCAAGAACCCUGAGAAGUACAUCAGGUACCGCGUGGAGCAGGUGGGCGACAUGAUCGAUCGCCUCUUCGACACCUCCGCCUGAGCCGCCGCCGCCCCUGCCUGCUCUGCCGGGCCAGCCGUGUUAGUGGACAGAUAAACCAGUGUUAACUUGCCUCUGG